CCAAGCAAACCGCCCCCCCCCCGUAGAAAAGCCCCAACAUCCGGGUCCCGAGGUUCUCACGCCGGAGAGGGGAAAGAAGUUCCUCAUUCCGUGCGUCCCAUUUCCGCCUAUGGUCACGUGUACCGAAGGAGGCGGGGAAAGAAGGAGCGUUCCGCUUGCUUCCCUUCCGCCGAGCCUCCUUCCGCCCGUAGUAAUCACGUGGCCCGUUUCCCGGGGUCGUCGUCGUCGCUUUCCUGGCUUCCCGCCCGGACCUCCGCGCUCUUUCCGCGCCCUCCUCCUUCUCCUCAGGCGCCCUGGCAGGAUGGCGCUGGUGCUGCGGCUGGUGCUGCGCGGGCGCUGCCGGGUCCCUGCGCCCGCCGCCUCGCUCUACCUGGCUCUGCGCCCGGCGGAGCCUCCCCCGUGGCCGGGGCUGAGGUGAGUCCUUGGCGGGGCCGGGAAGGGGGAGCGCGGAGCCCCGACUCAGGGGGCGCCGAGGAGACCCCUCAGGGCGCCGCCCUCCCGCCUGCAGCGGGGUCAGGGGAAGGCAGGGCGGGUUCCUGCAACCUCCAGCGGGGGCGGGGGGCGGGGUCCCCAGGUGAGCUGCUGUCAUUUCCUUGUAGUCGUUUAGUCGUGUCCGACUCUUCGUGACCCCCUGGACCAGAGCACGCCAGGCACUCCUGUCUUCCACUGCCUCCCGCAGUUUGGUCAGAUUCAUUCUGGUAGCUUCGAGAACACUGUCCAAACAUCUCACCCUCCGUCGUCCCCUUCUCCUUGUGCCCUCCAGCUUUCCCAACAUCAGGGUCUUUUCCAGGGAGUCUUCUCUUCUCAUGAGGUGGCCAAAGUCUUGGAGCAUCAGCUUCAGGAUCUGUCCUUCCAGUGAGCACUCAGGGCUGAUUUCCUUAAGAAUGGAUACGUUUGAUCUUCUUGCAGUCCAUGGGACUCUCAAGAGUCUCCUCCAGCACCAGAAUCCAAAAGCAUCAAUUCUUCCGCGAUUAGCCUUCUUUAUGGUCAAGCUCUCACUUCCAUACAUCACUACUGGGAAAACCAUGGCUUUAACUAUACGUACCUUUGUUGGCAAGGUGGUAUCUCUACUUUUUAAGAUGCUGCCUAGGUUUGUCAUUGCUUUUCUCCAAAGAAGCAGGCGUCUUUUAAUUUCGUGGCUGCUGUCACCAUUUCCUUAUCGUGUAUUAAAUUUGCAUACCGAUCCCAAGGCGGCGCACAACAGAAAAAACUCAAAACCUUUCUCAACCUUUGGCCCCCGGGGGUGUUAAAAUUGCAGAGUUGGAAGGGACCGCGACGGCCACAUUUCCAAAACUUGGGUCUUGUUUUUGGACUACAGUUCCCAGCACUGAGGGUCUUGGCGGUUCCCUCACUGUGAGAAGCCAACUUACAGGGAACCAGGCAGAGGGCCUUACCUGUGGACGCCCUCCCAUCAGAUGUCAAAGAAAUAAACAACUAUCUGACUUUUAGAAGACAUCUGAAGGCAGCCCUGUUUAGGGAAGUUUUUAAUGUUUGACGGGCUACUGUAUUUUAAUAUUUUGUUGGAAGCUGCCCAGAGUGGCUGGGAAAACCCAGCCAGAUGGGUGGGGUAUAAAUAAUAAAUUAUUAUUAUUAUCCCUAACCACUGGUCUUGGUAGCUAGGGAUGAUGGGAGAUGUAGUCCAAAAACAACUAGAAACCCAAGUUUGGGAAACCCUGAAUUACAGUGGUACCUUGGGUUACAUAUGCUUCAGGUUACAUACGCUUCAGGUUACAUACGCUUCAGGUUACAGACUCCGCUAACCCAGAAAUAGUACGUCGGGUUAAGAACUUUGCCUCAGGAUGAGAACAGAAAUCGUGUAGCGGCGGCGUGUCAGGCCCCAUUAGCUAAAGUGGUGCUUCAGGUUAAGAACAGUUUCAGGUUAAGAAUGGACCUUCGGAAUGAAUUAAGUACUUAACCCGAGGUACCACUGUACCACAACAAAGACACAGGCCAGCCAUUAUUAUUGACACAGGUCAGUUAGUAUUAUUGACACUGGUCAGUCAGUUAUUUUUGAAGCAAGGGGAUUCAGUUGUUUCUAGCAACAAAACCUGGGUCCCGAGCUGUUUUUGGAAUGCAGUUCCCAUCAUCCCUGACCACUGGCCCUGAUAGCAAGAGAUGAUGGGAGUUGUGGUCCAAAAAACGUCUGGAGACACAAGUUUGGGAAACACUGAUCUGCUCCAACCCACUGUGAUGAGGGAAUCUUUCGACCAAAGCCGCAGUCCUGGAGUUAAGAGUCUCCUGCUCUACCGACUGAGCUAUCCCCUCAGUGGUUGCUGGACUACAUCUCCCAUUAUCCUUGACCGCUGGUCCUGCUAGCUAGGGAUGAUGGGAGUGACUGGGGGGAGGGGCAAGUUUGAGAAAGGCUACCAACCUUCUGGUGUGUCUCCCCCUCCCAUGUUGUAUUCCCAUGAGGUCCAGCCAUGGUGGCCAGUUGUUCGUUGGGGGUGGGGGAGGUGAGGGGAGCUGUGCUCCAACAGCAUAUGGAGGGCCACACAUUUUGCACCUCUGAAGCAAGUAAGCACACAAGCAACAAUUGCACCAUGGCAGUUUCCAGGGAGGCAAAAACAAGGAGUCGUCGUAUCUCAUUAUGGUAUACUGGAUUCUAAACUACACCUGCUUCUUCCUAGUCACCCCCACCCCAGAGUUUCUGUAUGUGAGGGAGCACGAAAAAUCCCCUGCCACCUGAAACAUUGUCAGGCUGUAAGCUGUUUUUGAGUUUUCCACCGUGUAAAACGUAAGAGCCCUCCUGGAUCAGGCUAAAGGCUCAGCUUCACACAGCGGCCAGCCAGACACAUGUGGGAACCCCAAAAGCAAGACUUUGAGUGCAACAACACUCCCCUCCUGCGAUUUCCAACAACUGGUAUCCAAAGGCAUACUGAUCCCGACAGUGGAGACAGAAUACAGUAUAACCAUUUUAACUAGUAGCCACUGACAGCUUUACCCUAGAUAAAUUUGUCCUAAUCCUCUUUUAAAGCCAUUUGGGUUGGUGGCUAUUGCAGCCUCUUGUGCAAGUGAAUUCCGUAGUUCCAGCUGUGUGAAGAAGUACUUUUUUUUUUGCCUGUCUUGAAUCUUCCAACAUUCAGCUUCUUUGACUGAAUGUUACAACGAGAGGAGGAAAACAUCUUAUCUACUUUCUUCAUGCCAUGUAUAAUUUUAUGCUCACCUUUUGUCUUAACUUAAAAGCCCCAAAUGUUGUAACAUUUCCUCACCGGGGAGUUGCUCCAUCCCUGUCACAAUUCUGGUUGCUAUGCAUUUUGGAGAGCACACAGGCUCCUUGCAUUAAAAAACAAACAAACGCCCAAUCAUUUCAGUUCAAAGUAAAGGUAGCUCCAUGCAACACUAUUCUAUUUACAGAGAUGCUUGAAUUUAUGUAUUUGCACUUUUAAUGCAAGGGGAACAACAAUAACAUUUCACUUACACAGUCUGAACCUGAAAGAAAUACAGUCUGUUCUACCACUUUCUUCUGCAUGUGUAAAGCAGAUACGUGGCUGGAUUUAGUUGUGCAGCAAAAUCUUGUAGAAUGGCUGGUACUAUUGCAUACAGCAGGAAGAAGGAAUACCAUUUUUAAAAAUGCACCAUUCUUCUUCAUCUUAAUUCAGCAAGGAGGCUGUAUGUGAACCUGCUUUCUCCCUACUGUGCCCUAGUUUUAAAACUGUACUCCAUGUGCGGUUUGAAGUCGUGCAGACCAUCUCAUUCUGAACCAUGUGUAAAACAGCUCAAACUGUUCCUGCAGAUUGGCUUUGGGAAGACCACAUUUGAACUGGGCGAUAUCUGCUCUUCCUUCCAAGAUCGCUUAAAAUGGUAACCUAUUUCUUGCCAGGUGAUUAGUGAAAGGUGGGUUGGUUAGGGCAGCCACUUUUUUUGGGUAUGGCUCAUAUGCCAUGAACUCAGGAAUAAGAUAAGUUCCUGUUGAUUUUGUAGCAGUUAAAAGACACAGGUUACACACACAAACACACAAAAUUGAAAACUAAUAAUUUAUUAUUGGGCUAACUGAGCUUGAUAGAAAACAGUGUAUUUUCUUGCCUUGGAUGGUUCCUUCACAACAUUCAGAAGAGCAUCUAUGGUAACCUCCCUCUGGACCUCCCAGGCUGUUCUAAUUCUGGAGGUGAUGUUGCUUUCACUUUAUCCAAGAUGUUUACUGGCCACUGUAACGUUGACUCAGGCAGGCAGCAUAAAAAUAUUUCUACAGUAUACCACUAUUUAAUAUGAAUUAUCAAAGCAGUUUACAACAAAAAUACAGAAAACAAUAUAUUAUUAUUAUUAAUAUUUCCCCAGCCACUCUGGGUGGCUUACAGUACAUGUAAAACAUAGUAAGACCUCAAACAUUUAAAACCUCCUGAUACAAGGCUGCCUUCAGCUGUUUUCUAAAAGUCAGGUCCUUAACAUCUGAUGGGAGGGCCAUAUAAAAAAAGAUAUCAAGUUUGUAUGGAUUAGCAUCAGGAAAGGGCCUGUGAAUUACGUUUAAUUGAUAGGUAGAAUGGAUAGGCUCCUGCCAACCUAGCAGUUCGAAAGCAUGUCAAAGUGCAAGUAGAUAAAUAGGUAUCGCUCCAGCGGAAAGGUAAACGGCGUUUCCGUGCGCUGCUCUGGUUCGCCAGAAGCGGCUUAGUCAUGCUGGCCACAUGACCAGGAAGCUGUACGCCGGCUCCCUCGGCCAGUAAAGCGAGAUGAGCGCCGCAACCCCAGAGUCGGUCAUGACUGGACCUAAUGGUCAGAGGUCCCUUUACCUUUACCUAGAAUGGAUAGGAUUGUCUACCUCUGAGACAAAGCUCCAUUGACUUCCUUCCAAGUAGACAUGGUUAAGAUUGUGCUGUAAAGCUUUAGCAGAUCAACAAGGGUGGCCAACUUUUAUUUGUAGGGUUCAGACUAAAUGUCACACCUUUUAUCUUUCAGUGCUGCUGUUUGGGUUCUGAUUUUCUGCUGUAAUAAAGAAUGACAAAAUUUUAGGUUGCCUUGCCAAUCAGCCCUUAACCUCAGUUUGUAGAACUCUUUCACUAGGAGGAAAAUAGAGUGAAGCCCCUGGUUAUGAAAUUGAUGGUGUCCUUUUGGCAUUCUGAUUUUGAACUAUUCUGAUGCUUUGGUAAAAUGUAGUUGAUUAAUAAGCCGUCUAAAUUGAUUAAUCGGUUAAUUAAAAGUUAUUUAAUAGUUUGGCAGCCCUAAUUGAUAAAUUUUAAUGAGCACCUAGAACUGCACUUCAUGUAUGCAUUUUGUGACUGCAAGACAUAUUAAUGUAUAAAACAAAAGCAAAUUCUUCCCUGCAAUAAUGUAAUUCCAGGAAUCAAGUCUAUAAAAAUAUACUUGCCCUUUGCAUUUGUGUGUCUUCCUACAGAAAACAAGUUUCAUUUUUAGUCUCCUGACAGCCGACUUUUAAUAUGAUAGUCUCAUGUUGUUAAUCAAGAACAGCAUCUGUUUAAGAAGGUAUUUAUUGCUAUUCUUAUUCAUAGGUGUAAACCCCACAGUACAUGACCCCUAGGUUAAUGUGUACUUUGGUAGCAAUUAGACAAAAUUAGCAAUUGGACAAAAUUAUGCACAUAACCUCAUCUUCAUUUAUCCCUGAAAUAGCCUAUGGAUUCCCCCCCCCCCCAUCUUUUUGCAUUAUGGUCAUAACAGGCUAGUUUAUUGCUAAGCUCUUAGACUGUGCAUCAGUCAGCUGCAGCUGCUCACCACAUACCCCUUUAUUAGCUAUUGUAGUUGUGAGUUCCUUUUUGUAUUCUAAAGGGCUUGAAAUACGUGGCAAUAGAACUCAAGACUUGCAUGUACUUUCCUUUAUUUCAGACCUCCAGUGUGCCAAUUUUCUGCAAACGCAAAUUCCAAAAAACCACUCUCUGCUUUGGUUUCAAAAGUCAAAUACCUAAAUGAGAAGUAUGAAAGGUUUUUGGAAAGAACAUUCCCACGUUUCUACCAGCUAUAUUCAACCUUCUUGAAAGGUGGGUUUUCAUUUAAAAAACACACCUUUGUGCAUGUUUCAUGAUUCUGGGAGGAAUGUGAUACCUUAAGAACAAAUCGCUUUUGCAUCUGUCAAGGUAAAGUAGUUUCUUUACUUCUAGCCCAUCCCUAGGUGGGGACUCCUUAUCUUCUGGGUGCUGUUUCUUGUGUUGCAACAGGAAUGGCGGAGGCUCAUGUUAUAGUGAGAAUGAAGAAACAAGUUCUUGUAUCAAUAAUGGAUGACAUUUGUAGCAUCAUGUUGUGUGUUUGCACAGACCCAUUUCAGGUGUAAUGGGAAACUGGUGUCUUGCUAUGAGGACAUGCUGCAGGAAGCCUCAACCACACAUGCUCACACGCCCUUCUGUCUCGUUCUUUUUUGAGCCAAUAAAUAGGAGAUUGAAAGCUUUUUUAUUUUAAAUAAAUUGUGGUUUCCCGCGAGGUCCACUUUUGGAGAACUGUGCUUUUAAAACAACACACACACACACACACACACACACACACACACACACUAUGGUUUAUGAUGCCAUGAUUGCAAACCAUGGCUUUACCAUAUUUGUUCUCGUAAACCCUAGUCUUACGAAGCAUAAUUCUUAUGAGUUUGGAAUUCAAAAGGAAUUGUGUUUGUUUAGAGUUUGGAACAAAAAUUUCCAUUUCAGCCUCAAGAGCUCAGAAUGAGAAAGGAGAGCAUGGAAGCUUUCCAUUGCUUGUCCCUGCUGGGAAAAAAAUAUGCAAAAAAACAGUCCAUGGUGUAAUUUUUGGGGUGGGGAAUAACAUGUUAAGAUUCUGAGUGAAGGCAGUUCUGUGUACAUCUAACAAAAUUAUAGCUGUAGUAAGGAAAGGCAGGAGCGAGAAGAAUUUAAGACCCUCUGUAGAAGAAGGCAGUGGAUUCUGCAGGAUUAGAGAGAAGGAAGUAGUAAUGUGUUAGAAGCUCAUGUGUAAGAGGCAUAGCAAGAGAGAGAAGACAAAAUCUGUUUUAGAGAUUAGGAAACAUUAUCCCAUUAUCUCUUGCUUCUGAGAAGCUUUGAAUGACUUGCAAGGAGCAUGUCCUUUUACCCUCGUGGCAACCUUAGACAGAGGUUAGGCUGUGACAAACCCUUUGAAGUGCCAAGGCAUUUGGGCUUUCCCCAUGAUGUCCUGACACUAUUAAAGCAAAGAAAACAAUUUAGCUGGCUGGAGUUUUACAAAGAGGAUGGGAUUAAGAGGGGUCAGAAGAACCAUUCAAGGCAAGGGAGAGACAGAGGCGUAAUAUUCAUGUAUGUGUUACUUUAUGCCAGUUGUGGGAAUCUUUGGUCCUCCAGAUUUUGCUGAACUACAAUGCCCAUCUUCCGCGGCCAUUUGCCAUGCAUGCUGGGAGCCGUGUUGUAGUUCAGCAGCAUCUGGAGGGUCAGAGCUUCCCUAGCCCUGUUCUUUAUGCAGUGAUGCUCCAUUCUUAGGUAAAAGGGGAAGGUAAAAGGCUUGGGAAGGACUUUGGCAUGAGGUUGAACAUUCAGGGAGAACAGUUCCAGAUCUGAAAAUAUUUCUGUAUUUUGCACAGGAUUUCGGAUAUUCUUUACAGAAAUGAAAGAAAUAAGAAGAAUAAAGGCAAACAUGUCAUAUAGAAAGAUCCAGUUCCAUCAACUUCCAUACAGGGAGAUGGAGAGACUAAGACAGGUAGGCUUUUACUUUUGUCUGCAACAGUGGUAGUCAACAAGUCAAACUGAUUUCAGGCGACACUUGGUAGUUUCCACAAUUGUGCAGCUGCCCUUCUUCCUACGUGAGGAGCCCACUUAAGAUGCUCUAGCUGUCUAGCAACUUCCCAUCUCGUACACUGAGGAGUUUCACAAGAUAAGCAAAUAGGGUUGACAAGAAAAAUGUUCAGUUCGGGGACAUACCUGCAUUGGAAGCAUGUUUGCUUCUGUUCGAUGCGAUGUUGAUUUUCUAAACUCGGUUUCAUUCUGAAAUGGCAAGAAUGAGUGACCGCUCCCUUGUCUCAAAUCUUGCAGUUUCCUCCUUACGAAUUGUGAGUUAACAAUGGGUGAUUUUGCUGGCCUCUCUCCCCGUCUGCUAAAAACCAACCCAUCCUCUGGUCAAAAUGUACAAUUGCACAUUCCAUUUGCUUUCUGGGUUUACUUCUUUUUUGCAGGAGGGUAUUACUGUAAAAUUUGUACAGAUGAAAAAUAUAACUUCAUAGAUAGAAUUGGUUUGGGUUUUCAUGAAAGAAUACAGAAAUAAAUCCACAGUAACAGAGUAACUAACUACUACCUGCCUUCUCCCCAUUCCUCAAUUGGGAUUUAUUUGUUCACCUAUAUCUUAUCCUGACGUUCCUUCAAGGAGCAUAGGGCAAUAUGCAUGGUCCCUUUCCCUUUCUAUCGCCACAUCUUUCAAGAAAGACAGGUUAGGUACUGUGUGGGUAUCAUUGUAGAGAGACUCCCCAAGGUCACCCAACCAACUUAAGAGCCGAACGGGAAUUUGAAGCCAGGUCUCCCCUAUCCCACUACACUAUGUAAACACACUGAGAGCUUCUGAAUCAAUAAGCAAGAACCACGUGCAACUUUUGUGAGGAUCCACUAUACUAAUACAAAUAGGUGGACUAAUAUUUAGGGUAGAUUAAUUAAGAGGUUUCUGUACUUCAGCAAAAGCAAAUAAACAAAGUCUGGCAGCUCUGCUUGAUUUCUGCCAGCCUUCACCCGAUGCAUUUAUUUCUUCCUUGCCUGAACAUUUAUCAUAUUGUUGGGCUGAGUAAAAAUGUUUCUGUGUAGAGAAGAAGGGCUGAAAUUUGGGUUCUUAUUCUUGAAAGAUUCCAUCUAAACACUUUUAUUCAAACAAAGGAGGUAGGGAAGGUUUUCUCCUUUUUCAAACGCAAUGUGUUGUGUUGCAACAUGGAGCUAAGUGACAUUUACAUAAAGGUUGUCAGUCUAACAUCAUCACCAUGAACAGCUGUAUAACAGAUAUAGACACAGCGGACUGGAUGUAGGUCACAGGUCAAUAAAUUGUCGCUGAUGUGUGUGUGGAGGUCCACAUAUGGAAAAUAACCAGCAGAAAAAGCAGGUGUAAAGACACACUAUUGCAUGGCAUUGUCCGUUGGCUACAGCAUAAUUAUUCAUAUAGAAGAGCUAUUUUUCUCCCAUCCCAGUCAGGUGAUGGGCAGUAAAAUUGUAGCCUAUUUUCCAUUGCCAGUGCACAAUCUGGAGUGCACUUUAAGGUUCCUGGUUGUGCCUUCGCAGCCGUGUCUCUAGCUUGUCUCAUACCUGAUACCACAUAUGAAUAGUGUUUUCUCGCUGCAAAGAAAAUGCUACCACUUUAAUAAGCUACCAAAUGGCAUGCAUAUAGCACAGGGGUCAGCAAACUUUUUCAGCAGGGGGCCACUGUCCCUCAGACCUUGGGGGGGGGGAGGGCGGACUAUAUUUUGAAAAACGACGAUGAAUUCCUAUGCCCCACAAAACCCAGAGAUGCAUUUUAAAUAAAAGCACACAUUCUACUCAUGUAAAAACACCAGGCAGGCCCUACUAUUAACCCAGAGAUUCAUUUUAAAUAAAAGGACACAUUCAUAUAAAAACACACUGAUUCCCGGACCGUUCGCAGGCUGGAUUUAGAAGGUGAUUGGGCCAGAUCCGGCCCCUCAGCCUUAGUUUGCCUACCCAUGAUAUAGCAUCCAUAGUUACUAAGUUUGCGAGAGACAAAAAUAGGCACAGUCUUGAGGCAUAUAAAAUGCCAGAGUAUGCAGCGGUAGUCCCUUGCAUGCCACUGCUUCAUCAGUCCCUUUAUAUGUGCAUUUUCCUCACAGUUGCAGUAGUUUUGGGUGUGUGCAUGCCGGCUCUACUGACUAAGCAUUUUUGAAGUUUCGCAGAGAUCUGAUCAAGGCCAUUCCAGUUGGGAUUCUUUCUCUUCCUCCCUUUGCCAACUACCUGGUUCUUUUGCUCAUGUAAGUACAGUCUUUGCUCAUGUAAGUACAACUGUGCACCUGAUCAGAUGAAAGGUCCUUGCGCUUAACUGUGAGAAGGUGAAUGCUUGGCAGCAGUAGUGGGGUUUUUCUCUCCCUCUCAUCACUUACCUGCACUGCUCUUUGAUGAGUGUGUUUUAGCAGGUACCAAAACAGACUGCAAAAGCACAUUCAUAUCUUAUUAAUCAUUGGGGGUGGGAUCAAGCCCUGACUCUUCUGAGCCUGUGCUUCCCUAGUCACAGCUCCACACUGUAUUCUCUCCCGAUGCGUAGACUCAGUCUAAAGCAGGCAUCCCCAGCCUUCGGCCCUCCAGAUGUUUUGGGCUACAAUUCCCAUCAUCCCUGACCACUGGUCCUGUUAGCUAGGGAUCAUGGGAGUUGUAGGCCAAAACAUCUGGAGGGCCGCAGGUUGGGGGUGCCUGGUCUACAGGGAUUGUUUUUGGUGAAUUUCUCUGGGUGGCAAUUCAUCGUGCAGCAACCAUGCACCCUCCCACAUUUUUUCUGAAAAUUUACCAUCUCUGUUGUUUUCCCAACAGAACUCCCAAACUGCUUUAAACUCCCCAGAACCUUUUUUAAAGGGGGGGGCGCUCACCUUUAAGCAGCUCCCCCACCCCUUCCUUGUUCUGUUCCAAAUAGGUGUUUUCAGCUUGGGAGUUAAAAACAGUUAAAGAUAACAUCAUUUAUAUUUGAGGCUUGCUCUUCACAGCCCCUGAUCACAGCCUAGCAUGCCAUAUACCAGGCAUCCCCAAACUCGGCCCUCCAGAUGUUUUGGGACUACAAUUCCCAUCAUCCCUGACCACUGGUCCUGUUAACUAGGGAUGAUGGGAGUUGUAGUCCCAAAACAUCUGGGGAGCCGAGUUUGGGGAUGCCUGCCGUAGAGGCUUGACAAUAUCGUAAUGUGAACUUUAACAAGAAACAGAUUAUAUCACAACUGACAAAAGUAGCUCUAAAAUCCUGCACUGCGUGUGUUUUUUUGAAGGCAGAAGAAUUUAGAGAAAGGCAUCAGGAGAUUAUUUCAAGUUGGCAGGUAGAUUUCAUGAGGGAGAAAAUGGUCUACUAGGCAUUCUGAAAACAUUGGGGGUUUUUUUAAUUAAAAUAUUUCAUUUUAAAAUAAAUGAAGGUAACUUGAAAGUCUGUGGACAAGGUCUGGUAAAACUUGCAGAAGCAAAGUUCAGUAGGGCUUCUGCUUGUCGGGGGCUGAGGUUUCAGCCAUCACAUAACUGGUUGCUCCUUGUCUUGGCUGGAAGAAGCAGUCAAAUUUGUAGAAAAUAGGCAAAACCUGCAAAAUCAACAGAAGCUGCAAAAUGCAGAAUUUGGGUUCCUGUGGUCCAGAUUUGGAUGUUCUUUGAUACACAGCUGUGUCUUGGUUUUGAAAUGUAUAUCUUCUUGACAAUCUUUCCUUCCCAAGGUAUCUGUUCCCAAGACAACUCCUGAUACGCCACUUCUGGACUUCCAAACAACAAGCUGAAUUUCUGGACACCUACCACAAUAUGAGAAAGGAGGCAUACCCAGAAGUGGUUGAUGGUCUAAUGAACCUCUCUCGCUCCCUAGCUGAUUCCCAGCUUCGGAAACAGAUGCUAGAUCUCUGCAAAAAGGUAUCUAAUUACCACCCAAUCCCAGCUGAUAGAGAGGCAGUCUUUGGACAUGUCUUGCUUUGCAGAAAUAAGGCUUUUGUAUAUUGAGAGUUAAGGGAUGCGGGUGGUGCUGUGGGUUAAACUACAGAGCCUAGGACUUGUUGAUCAGAAGGUCAGCGGUUCAAAUCCCCGCGACGGGGUGAGCUCCCAUUGCUCGGUCCCUGCUCCUGCCAACCUAGCAGUUCGAAAGCACGUCAAAGUGCAAGUAGAUAAAUAGGUAAACGGCCUUUCCGUGCGCUGCUCUGGUUCGCCAGGAGUGGCUUAGUCAUGCUGGCCACAUGACCCGGAAGCUGUACGCCGGCUCCCUCGGCCAAUAAAGCGAGAUGAGCACCGCAACUCCAGAGUCGGUCACGACUGGACCUAACGGUCAGGGGUCCUUUAUGCUUUUUAUAUUGAGAGUUGGCCCAUCACUACCAACUUCAUGAUGUCUAGAUUCUACUUUCCUGUUGUCAUGUGAGCAACAUACUGCAAACUUCUGAAACCUUAAUUAUACGGUUUUAAAGUCAUUCCAGAAAGUUGUUUUUUUAAAUAAAAAAACAAGAACCCUAACCUGAAUACGAACAUGUAUAGAAAAGUCAUUCAAGUAAGAGACCAGACUGUAUAGUUGGCUUAGCAGAUGCUAGCAAGGAAAAGGAUGCUCUGAUACUUGUGUCUACUGAUUUGUCACUUAUGUAGUGGCUUUCUGGCAAUGCACUCUUGAGUACUUGUCAGUUUAUAAUAAUGGCUUGCAAUUUUAGUAGAGGACGACGAGAAAAAGAAGUAAAUUCAGGCCUUUAUUAUUCUUUAUGGGACAAUUUUUGGAAGGGAGGAACCAAACAACAGUGGGUAUUAGCUACACUGGUGGAGGGUCAUCCCUGCCCCCGCUCAGUCAGAUUUUAUUGUUUGUAACAAAUGACCACUACAAUGCAGCUCAAAAAGGAUAAUCCAAGAAAUAAGUUAAUCAUACAUUUCUCCCAAAAUAACCAAAAAAACCCCAAACAAAACCCAAAUAGCCCUUGGGCAGUCAGCACUAUUUUAGGUCAAAAAAAUAGCAUACAACUGUCAGCUAGUGUGUAUAAAGCUACCCUAAAGGCAACCAAACAAAUUCCACAUCAGCCAGCAGCCGUCUAGUUUUGAAACCACCUGAUUGAACUUCUAGAAAACCUAUUGCAGUGAGUUGUAUAAAGGAUAAGAGGAUAUAAUUCAAUUUGGCCUGAUCCGCAUGCAUACAGUCAGUCAGUCAGUCAAUUUGUUGGCCUAAUAAAGUAUUUACUGGUCAGAUACUCUGUGUGCAUAGUUUUCCAUCUAAGCUGAAGAAAUGCCCAUCUAACAAGAAAAAAGGUUAAUUCUGUUGCACCUAUCCCAUUAAUGCAACUAGGUAAUAUGGCAUAGCAACUUUCCUCAUGGUAAUGGUGAAGCAGAGCAUUGUUAAGGGUUGGUGCUGACCUUUGAAGCCCUAAACAGCCUUGGCUCUGUAUACCUGAAGGAGCGUCUCCACCCCCAUCAUUCAGCCCAGUUACUUGAGGUCCAACUCUCAGGGCCCAUCUGGUGGUUCCCUCACUGCAAGAAGUGAAGCUACAGGGAACCAGGCAGAGGGCCUUCUCGACAGUGGAGUGGAAUGCCCUCCCCAAACCAGAUGCCAAGGAGAUAAAUAACUAUACAACUUUUAGAACACAUCUGAAGGCAGCCCUGUAUCAGGAAGUUUUAAAUAUUUGAUGUUUUAUUAUGUUUUUAUGUGUGUUGGAAGCCACCCAGGGUGGCUGGGUGGGGUAUUAUUAUUAUUAACAACAACUUAUUUGGGAAGGGUGUAAUGACUACGGCAAACAGGAACUUCUCAUUUGUUCCAGGAAUGAAAAUGUGCUCAGCUGCUAUAUGUUAUAGCAGGAUUGGUUUUCAGGUUUUUACAAGAUUCCCAUCCUCUUUUAUUCUUGGAAAGCAGUAUGGUGCUUUGCUUUUCUUUCUUUCUUUCUACCAAUGAUAUAUCUUAAUCUUCAAGGUGCAGGAAGGAUGCCACCCAGAUGUAAGAGAACUUACAGCUGUGAGGACCUUAUUUGUGGGACAUCCCUUUGGCAUCCAGCAACUCAGGGUUCAGCAGCUGGUGAGUGCCAUUCCAGAAAUUAAACGGGAUUAUACUGACGACCCAGCUAAAUCUGUUGCCACCAACUGCAGCCCCCCUAGGUUUUGACUGAGUUUUUAAAAUGAGACUAUAAAUCUUUCCAGCUAUAAAUCCUUAAGGUGCAACAGACAGUUGCUUCUCCUUAAAUUGAAACCUACUACUGAUCUAUGCUGCCUUUUUGGAGGGGAAUGAUCAUAACCUCCUGUUAGCCAUAUUUUGAUCUGGGGAAGCAGGGCAGCUCUGAAAAGCUUUGCUGACUACCAUCGUGCAGUUUAAUCCCGUCUUCUCUUCUCCCCCCAGAAAGUCCUAAGCCGUGUUUUGUUCCUAACUCCUCGCUUGCCAUCUCUCUUCCUGAGAUACCGCUUGCAGAGCCACAUAAAAGAGCUGCACCAUCUGGACCAAGCGAUGCUGAAACUGGGUGUGGGGCAGCUAACCGAUGAGGAAGUGCAAGCGGUGAGAUGAAGUUUUGUAUACUGUAGCAAACUGAGGUGCAGCGUUGCUGGCUAGGAACUGACCGUGGCUGUGCCAGUUCCCACAUGCUAGGGUUAGAAUCAUAGCCGGGACCAUGAGAGCCAUCUAGUCCAACCCGCUGCAAUGCAGGAACCUCAAACCCAUGACCCUGAGAUCAGGAGUCUUGUGCUCUACUGACUGAGCUGUCUCGUACCUUUAAAGGUAAAGGGACCCCUGACCAUUAGGUCCAGUCGUGACUGACUCUGGGGUUGCGAUGCUCAUCUCGCUUUACUGGCUGAGGGAGCUGGUGUACAGCUUCUGGGUCAUGUAGCCAGCAUGACUAAGCUGCUUCUGGCGAACCAGAGCAACGCACGGAAACGCCGUUUACCUUCCCGCUGGAGUGGUACCUUUUUAUCUACUUGCACUUUGACGUGCUUUUGAACUGCUAGGUUGGCAGGAGCAGGGACCGAGCAACGGGAGCUCACCCCGUCGCGGGGAUUCGAACCGCCAACCUUCUGAUCGGCAAGUCCUAGGCUCUGUGGUUUAACCCACAGCGCCACCUGUGUCGUACCUUUAGGGUAACCUUAAAAGACUAUUUAUUGUGCCUUAAAAGCUGUCGUGGACCACAUUCCACAAGCUGUGCUAUACUGCACAGUAACACUGUCACCCUUUUCAGAAAUAGUAAUGUCAGUCUUAUGUCAAAUGCGGACAGCUUGAAUGGCUUAAAAAAACACACACACCAGCCCAGCUUUUAAUGUCAGAAUUUAGCAGUGAAUGUCCUUGCAUUUAGCCGUUGCUUUUCAAAUGAAAGUCUCUCUGAUCCAACAGAAUGCCUCUCUUCUCUGCAGGCUUGUUAUACCCGUGGCUUGAAUUCUGUUCACCUCAGCCCACUGGCAUGCAGGCUGUGGCUGGCUCACUGGCUCACACUCUCCUGUUCGCUGAAAGGUAAGCCUGCCUGAAUUCGGCCACGUGGGGCUUCCCUUAGAGCCCUUACUGAAUCUCUCUCACACAACUAGAAGCAGCUGCUCUUCUGACCCAUCCUUAUUGUUGCAGUGUUUACCUGAAGAGGUACCUGUUGCCCCUGUACUGUCCUGGCUGCAAAAGAGAUGGCGUAGCAAAGUUUGGAAGGCAAAUAAUUCAGAAUAGGGCCUUCUUAGUGGCAGCAUCAUAGAAUUAGAGAGUUGGAAGGGACCCUGAGGAUCAUCUAGUCCAACUCCCUGCAAUGGAGGAAUAUGCCCCUCCCAGCUAUGGACCAGUCAAAACACAAACACCAAGAUUAGGCUGGUGCAGACACUGAUACCAGGCAAAAACAACUUUUCUUUAAAAAACUUUCCUGUGACAGAUUGUGGGAGGGGAAGCCCCUUUUUACUUUUAGCUAUGAUUUGGUUCUAUUUAGAAGCACUGGAUCGUUUUAUGAAUUGUUUGUUGUGGCCAGCCCUGUGAGAGUUUACAGUGAAGGGUUGGCACGUAUCGCAAAUAGACACAAAUGCAAUGCAUACUUUUCUCUUUCCAGAUGCUGAGACUUCACUCUUGGCACAUGGCAUGGUCUUGCUUUCUAUCAACUUCCCUUCUUCCAAGGGCUGACUAAGGGCACCCCUCACUGGUGGACCACUUCUGAAGAGAUGCUGCGACAGUGACUCUUGGCUGAAGCAGAGGGAGAUAAGGAUUUUUGCUUAUACUAAAAUACAAUGAGCAGGAGCCCUGCAGUAGCAUCUCCCACUGAAUUAUUAGCCUUGAGAGGAAGGUAGAGGAAAUACUGCAUUAUGCUGAAUAUUCCUCCUCCUGCUGUAGAGGGAGACAAGAGAAUUGCCAGUAUGGCCCUGGACAAAAUGCCUGUACUGUAGAAGACCACAAUAUUUCUGUUUAGAUCUGGCUCCAGAAUGUCCUCGUGGGCACAGCAUGAUUCCGUACUUCUUUUCACCGCUUAAGUCUCUUGUAAAAACAUCUGCUGAAGAAGGUAUUGGCGUUAGCCUGUACUGACUUCCUUUUAACUUUGAAGGGUAACAAAGCUGCCAGGAACUUUCCCAGACUGUUUCCCUCCCCCUUUUAAACUUCACUUUUACAAUCAACAAGGCUGCAUGGAGCUCAGUGCCUUUUGCUGGGCAUUCGCAGUGCGCUGCAAGACUUUGAAUAUAGGACCCCGUUUUUCAGAGCUGCAACUUUUGUUUGAAAUCUAGUGGCAUGCUCUUCUGCAGGAAUGAUACAGCUGUGCUCUCACAUGGGCAUUAUGGAAGGUGCAUUUCAUGUUGGCAGAUGUGGUAAGAGCCUAAAGAAUUCAACAGGGUAAUUCCACAAGUUAAUUGGAGUAUCUCUACCCAAAGCACUUAAUAUCCAUUUCUGUGCCUCCAAGUCUUAAAUACUACUGCCACGAUACUUAAAAGCCAAGUCUUGCACUCCAGAAGCUGGAAUUCUGGCCAGAUAGUAUAUAAAUUGUGUGUGGUAGACUAGUGAUUGAGUCAGUCAUUAUAAAAUGCAUGAGAAGUGCGUAAAAGUAAAUGAACGUCCAGCUAUACCUGAUGUGACUGUUUUGUUAAAGAUCGCUAAUAAAGGACAAUCUCACAUUUUACCUGGAUUGUUUAG